CGGGAUAGCAGGUGCACAGACACGCGCAGAUCUCACCGUGAACGGUUCAAAAUGGGCAACUGUAUCGUGCCUUACUGCGAUGGGCCCAGAAGCACGAACGUCCGAUUUACUCUGCCGGCUGUGUGCUUUGUGUGGCAGAGCUCCAUGAUUAUCCUCUUCGGGGUUUUCGUGCGCUAUGAUGAAGAAUCAGACCCUCACUGGGUCGAAUUUAAAGAUGAACACAAUAAAACAUAUGACAGUGAGAAUGACUUCUACUACAGAUACCCAAGUUUUCAGGAUGUCCAUGUUAUGAUUUUUGUUGGAUUUGGAUUCCUCAUGACAUUUUUGAAGCGCUAUGGAUUUGGUGCUGUUGGUUUCAACUUCAUCAUUGCAGCAUUUGGGCUUCAAUGGGCACUGUUAAUGCAAGGCUGGUUUCACUCUCUGGACCCAGUUGAUGGCUUUAUCAAAAUUGGCAUUGAAAACCUAAUCAAUGCAGACUUUUGUGUGGCUGGCUGUUUGAUUGCCUAUGGAGCAGUGCUAGGAAAAGUCAGUCCUGUGCAGGUCAUGGUGUUAACCCUGUUUGGCAUUACCCUGUUUGCUGUAGAAGAAUUUAUCAUAAUUAGUCUCCUCCAUGCCAGAGAUGCUGGAGGUUCUAUGGUGAUCCACACCUUUGGAGGCUAUUAUGGACUAGCCAUCUCAUGGGUUCUUUAUCGGCCAAACUUGAAAGAUAGCAGUCAGCGUAACGGCUCAGUCUACCACUCCGAUUUGUUUGCCAUGAUUGGAACUCUGUUUCUGUGGAUGUACUGGCCCAGUUUUAAUUCUGCCAUUUCUGAUCAUGGAGAUGGUCAGCAUAGAGCAGCCAUUAACACUUACCUGUCUCUGGCUGCCACUGUCCUUACCACCUUUGCCAUCUCCAGCCUGUAUCAGAAGCAUGGAAAACUCGACAUGGUACACAUCCAGAAUUCCACCCUGGCUGGUGGUGUUGCUGUAGGAACAGCUGCUGAGUUCAUGCUAAUGCCUUAUGGCUCUCUGAUUGUAGGAUUCUUCUGUGGUGUUAUCUCCACUCUGGGCUACAUUUACAUCUCACCCUAUUUAGAGAAAAGGUUUAAGAUCCAGGACACAUGUGGUAUCCAUAACCUUCAUGCAAUGCCUGGUGUCAUAGGGGGAAUUGUGGGAGCCAUCACAGCUGCUGCUGCAACUGAACCUGUAUAUGGCAAAGAGGGGUUGAUAAACACAUUUGAUUUUAAGGAUUCAUUCAAAAACAGAACUCCAGCUGUCCAAGGUGGCUUCCAAGCAGCUGCGAUGUGUGUUGCUGUGUGCUUUGGAAUAGGAGGUGGAAUAUUUGUGGGUCUAAUUUUGAGGAUGCCUAUUUGGGGGUCCAUGGCAGAUGAUAACUGCUUUGAGGACGAGGUCUACUGGGAGGUGCCUGAGGAGGACGAGCCUGUCCCGCCUGUUCUAGAGUAUAACAAUCACAUGGCAACCAACAAGAAUGUGACGGAAUCACACUUCACUGUGGAACAAAGCUAAUCCUGGAUGUCCAAUAUGCUGUCAGCUUUGACCCUGCGAAUCCUGUGACCACAAUUUCUUUCUCCAAAUAGCAAAACAGCUGGAUAUUUAUUAUAUAAUUUAUUAUAAUGACCAUUUAUUAUAUUGUAAAUCCCUCUGUAAAUGGACCAUCUUCAUAUACUUUUUACAGCAGAACACAUACAGAUGUAAAAUACAAUAAAAUGCAGCAGUGUUGGAAAGGGAGUUUUAAAAUAUGAUUUUAUACACAAAUGUGUCACAGCCAAAAGGAAGAGUUGUCUUUUUUCCAGUAUUCCAUUCUAACUUUCCUUCUUAUUAAGCAGGUUUAGAGUCAAUUUGCAAAUGUCUGUAGCGACUUACAUACUCUCGCUUUUUCGUCUUGUUAUUCAUGGUAUUGAACCUGACUAUGUCCUUUUCAUACUUAGAAGGUAGUGAGACAUUUCAUGUUCAUGUAUAGUAAACAAUAGCCAAGGAUAUGUUUAUAGAUAAUCAAUUUAUAUAUUUUGAGCUACAAAACCAGAAAAGCUACAUAGUGUACUCUGUUUGACCUAGCUAUACUGUCAUUCAAAUUUCAAAGUCAUAUUUUAGAAGAAAUUGAGUACAUGAAUGGUAUAUGAUUGUAAGACAAGUUUAUUUACCUGCCCAAGUAAGAGCAAGAUAGAGCAUUGGAACACUAAAGAAUGCAACAUAAUUCUACAUUUGACAUUGUUAUUCCAAAUGUUAUUUGAAUGUUAAAAAUAUAACACAAAUAAAGACCAGAAAUUUAAUUCAUACUUUAUAAAUUUAUAUGUGUACCUUCCCUAUAGUUUAAUGUAAUUUAAGUUAAAUCAAUAAUCAAUUAAAUUGUAAAGUAAUGCAUUAUAAUGAGUAUAUAAUUGUCCUAAUCAUUAAACUGAUUUCCGUUUAAUAAUUAAUUUUAAAAUCCAUUUAUCUAACAAUUUCUUGCCUUUAUAUGAGUUUCUGCCCUUAUCUCUGGUUUUAUAAAUAAAAGUUCUUAUUGACAA